UAUUGUAUUCUAAGUACUUCCCUGGUAGCAGGAUGGAUUUCACUCUGCCUAAAAGGGAAACUUUGGCUUCUGUUGAAGAAGCUCUCUUCCCCCAUCUCUCUGGACAGUUAUAACAAAUCACAAACAUUCUAUUUCUGAAAAACAAACUGAGAAACCAUGAUACUUAUGACCUGGACCUAUUUCAAUUACAUUUCUGGCCAUUGAUGAAUGGCAUACUAGAAACUGGCUGCAAGGAAUGGGUAGGUACUGUAUUACAGCUUUCCUCUUUCUCCUCAAUGAUAUUUUCUCUGAAUUCUUUGCCAAGGUUGGACCUUAGGGGGCGCUGUUUCACAAUAGUUGUAGUCCUUCUGUCAGGUUUUGUCCAAAAGUGGUGCUAGGAAACUACUGUUUGACAUCUAGGCCAUUGAUCUUCAAUAUCUACCAGUUUUUCAUUUUGAUUUAUGUGCUGUUCAAUUCCCCCAUCAAUCCUAAUGAAAUUGAUGGGGGAAAUCAUUCUGAGUUUUAGAGUAAGGCGUCAUUAUUAAGCUGAUGAUAUCAAGCUCUGUUGUUCCUGAUCAUGCAGCUUCAGGGAAGCUGUUGCUAGAAAUCUUUGAAUGUUGUAUAAGCUUGGUGAUAGAUUGAAGCGAGGUGAGGGAGCUGAAAUUAAAUUUAGGCAAGGCAAAGAUGCAAUUAUAAAACUGAAUCCCAGUUUUUGUACAGGGUUACACCCCAGUGGUGGGUUCCUAACAGGGUUGGUACCGGUUCGCUUCAAGCAUGCUUCACUGGUACUGGUUUGCUGCGCACAUGUGCAGUUCACUGCGCAUGCACAAAGAAUGUGAAAAACUACUAAAAAACAUGCCAACAAUGGCAGCAGCGACCAGGGAGCCAGUUCGGGGCCGUGGCCAGCCUGGGUCGCUGCCAGUUCUGAGACCAAGGCCAAAUUACCACUACAAACCGAUGCAAACUGGUAGAAACCCACCUUUAUUACACUCUCUUUCAAAGGCUAGAUUCACAAACUGUAAUUAUUCCUCAGCUGGAAUGUCCCAAGGUUUGUAAGUGGCAGUCACGACAAGAAAUACGUUGGCUGGUUUCAGCAACUCUUCUUGAAUUGGUUGGAUUUGGUGACAGUUAUCCAUGUCUUGGUUGCAGCCUGAUGCAAUGAUUGGGGUGGAAGGGUAUUAUAUUAUUUUAUUAUAUUUUAUUAUGUGAUUAUUCUCUUUUAUUAGUUUUAUUGUUUUAUAUAUGAGGUAUUUAUAUUCCUGCAAGCUGCCAUGCGUCGCCAUGUGCAAAUAGAUGGCAAUAUAAAUUUCAUAAAAUAAAAUAAGAUAGCUGGGCUGCUGACUAAUGCAAGGUGUCAUAUGGUACACAUACAUAGUUUGCUGUCAAGUUCUCUGCUCUUUGGUUGAAGGUACUAAUAUUUGGGUGUUCAUCUCCCAAAGCUAGGGAGAACCCAACAGCAAGCUUUGUACUACAACCUGGCCUUUCGCCCUCCCCCCAAGGAAAUUCCUAUGAUGCACAUACCAGAAUAAUUUGUCUUUCAUCAUGCUUUUAAUUCUUAAUUAACAGCAGGAUUAAUUUUUAUUUAUCUUUGUACCAUCUGUACUCUGGUGUUUCAUUUUAUUAGCUAUCUCCAUAUCUAUGUCAACAGAAAAAACAAAAAGGAAAGAUAAAGUAUGAUUCCUGCCAGAAAGGAGGGGUAUAUAUAUUAAAAGAAUCAAAUAAAAAAAUAUAUAAAUUGUAUUUGAUGCCAAUAAUAACAGAAAAUAAUAUACAAUUUUAAUAAAUGAACAUACAAACAAAUAUGGGGAUAUAGCCUAGCAUAGCUUUGGCUUCUAUAGACCUAAGUUUCUGCACUCAACACGAAACAUUAUAAACAAACUGAAAUAAAAAUGACAAGGAGAAAUUGGCCGUCUGCAAGGGGGAAACCCGAUCUGUGCAAAACCCAACUCAAAAGUUCCACGGCCCCAAUCUCAUGACAGGCAGGGGGUAUUCAUUCCUUUUCCAGGAAUCAGAGAUGCUAUCAAUGUAGCUUUGGGAAUAUUUUAAGUCCUCACUGAAUAGCAGCUUUUGCAUAUCUUUAUUUAAAUUCUUUCCUGUGCUUGACAUUAUUCUGUUCCCUUUUAAUCUGCUCAAGAGAAUUAUUGCUAUGGGGGGGGGGUUUAAACCCAUAAAUCGGUUAAGAAUAAAAUGUGUGAAAGGGUAUAUGGACCUGCUGGAACAAGGAUCGAAAGAUAGGGAGAAGUAUAAUGAAUAGUGUAGUAAAUGGUAAACAGAGCUGUGUUUCUUUUUCUUAUCGCUCACCUUUAAUGUCUUCGGAUGACUGCUUCUUAGUCUUUUUUCUGCAUGCUGCAUAGUGUUGCCUAGUCAAAGAAAUAGUGUGAAGGGAAUGUAGAUAUGUGCAGAAGUUAGUGGAGCCAUAACUUAUGUAGAAAAUAGAAGUAUGGCAAAUGUUCCAGUGGGCGGAUAGUGAACGACAUUGCUUAUUGGUUCAGGAAAGAGGCGAAGAAUUUAAUCAAGGUCAAAGUACCCAUUCUCAGUUAAAUUUAAAUAAAGUUGGACCUGAUUGCAUGUCAAAGACUACUUGUUAUCUUAUAUUUGUUUUGUGUUUUUUUUUACACAAAUGCCAUAAUUUGAGGACUAUAAAGUGCUCUUAAGAUAUAGUCCUAUGGUAGGAUGAAUUCCAGAGGUUUCUUUAAAUAAAUCACCUCCUGUGGUUUAUUUAUUUUGACCUAGGAGCAAAUAUCCUCUGGCCUGUGUAUUUGGAAACCAGCCUCUGCAUUCAGGGAGACUUACUCAGCAGCAUUGAGGAUUGACGCUUUAAUACGUGAAACUCCAUUCUAGUAUGUUUUAUACAGCCAAAUCUUUCCUACCAAAAAUCAACAGGUUUUGCAAAUCUCCUGAAUCUUGGAAUGAUUAAACCUAUAUGCUUUUAAAAAAAUGUUUAUAAUCUCUCUCCGUAGACAAUGGGACCUGGACUCAACUGUGGCUUGUAACUGAAUAUUAUGAGCAAGGCUCUUUGUUUGACUACUUAAACAGCAACACUGUGACAGCUAAUGAAAUGAUUAAGCUGACCUUUUCAAUUGCCAGUGGCCUAGCACAUCUGCACAUGGAAAUCGUUGGAACCCAAGGAAAGCCAGCUAUUUCACACAGAGACUUGAAAUCUAAAAAUAUUCUAGUCAAAAGGAACGAAAGCUGUGCUAUUGCUGACUUGGGGCUAGCUGUGAAGCAUGACUCGGUAUUAAACACAAUUGACAUACCACAGAAUCCUAGAGUAGGAACCAAGAGGUACAUGGCUCCAGAAAUACUUGAUGACACAAUGAACAUAAAUAACUUUGAAUCUUUCAAGCGUGCAGAUAUUUACUCUCUUGGGCUGGUGUAUUGGGAGAUAUCCAGAAGAUGUUUUGAUGGAGGCGCUCAGACUUAUGGGCCGAAUCAUGCGUGAGUGCUGGUUCACCAAUGGGGCAGCUCGACUGACAGCACUUCGUAUUAAGAAGACAAUUUCCCAACACUGUGGACAAAAUUCCAAAGCUUAAAUUUACACGC